UAUCACUCCGUCGCCUAGUGCAUCACAAAGCAUCGGCAAUCCUUCGAUGGUACUCGAAGCACAGCAAACAGUCCGUAGCGGCCAUAUUGAACCGCGUCGCGUCUCCCACCUCGCGUUUCCCUGGAGCCUACGAGCACGCGUCGCACGCCGCCGACACUACCUGCCAUGCCAUUCCUGGUUCUGCGCAAGUACCACUACAUCUGAGACUAUCAAGGGUCUGAGCCGCGUUAAGGACGUCAUCGCCAAAAAUCUCGCUUUGCGGAUGGAAGAUGUCGAUAAGAACGACAUCUACAACAGCCUACGGCGAGAUGAUGACCUACAAGAAAGCGCAGUAAAGGUGCAUAUAUGCUCCUGCGCGACAAGCUGCUGGGUCGCUACCUCUCCGAGUUCAUGGAUCAAGAGCGCGACGCAGAGCUGGCAGCCAUGGACCCCCGCAACCCACUGUCACCGGACACGAUCUCCUCAGGCGGUGGGAUCGAGCUCGAGGAGAACCCGUUCGACUCCGAGCUCAACGAGUGCAACAAGGGCGAGGACGACAGGCUCGACUUCUCGACGCCGCAGAACGAGUCGGAGAACAACUUCGUCGUCCUCAGUUUGUCGCUGCCCGACCAGCUGCCCGAGCAACACCACCUCGCGUCCUACAUCACCGCCUAACGGACGUUCCCGCCGGUGAAGGAGAAGGCGCAGCACCAGACUAAGCGACACUUUGGCAUACGCAAUCGGUCGCCACCGAUGGAGGCCGUGCCGGAUAUCUACAGGACGCUGAAGGCGCUUGGCAUGGAGCGGAAGGAGAAGGGCAAACUUGGUGAACUCGGCGGAGUUCAUCGCGGACGCGGGUCUGAACGGGCGAAGAUCGAGCGGGCGCGGGAAUACGAUGGGAACCUGCGAGCGAUGGGCGGCGGCAAUAUGCUUCAUCGAGACGCGGGUGAGGGUCCAGGAUGUUGUGGUGCGUGCUCUGAGCUUCGUCGCAUGAGAAAUAGCUGAUUUCCCCUAGAUAUUGAUGAGCUUGCAAUUGUACAUGGCCGACUCGAUCAGCUACCUCGCAAGAAGACAUACAAGGCGUCGACGGAGCCCCGGAUGGGCAAGUUCGACAUAGUUCACCCCAAAUACAUUCUGUCCAAGACGGUGUCCGAGUGCAAUCGGUCGAUUAAGGACUUCAGCAAGCUCGCGGGCGCCACCGAGUAAGGUCCACGCUUCCAUGCGCUACGUUUGUCGAUGUUGUCUUCGUUUGGAGUUGUUGACUUAACCAUCACCACUUUUGCUACCUUCGUCUUCGCGUCUGUACCACUAGCGACUGCUUACUUUUCGGAUAUAUUUGUGUUUAUAUCGCAGAGAUGUAAGCUCAUCAAUUGUAUGUUUCCCAUUCCCUCCGACU